AUUCAUGUCGUGUUGAAUGGCUUUGAUAUAUGUCCAAAUUUCGGCACCGUUCCGACUGGAGAGCCGUUUUUUGCCGUUGUCGAUGUUUUUGGCAGUACGAAAGAGGUUCGUGUGGUAUUCCCUGGACCACGAGUGCCCGCUCGUUUGUACACUCUUUGUUCGGAUCGACUUCGCUGCCUGUACAAUGAAAGGAAAUGCUCUCUAUCAAGUUUGCCUGCUCCUCUACGCAGCCAGUUAGAGCAAGAAUGGAAUCGCGAAACGCACGACACUUCUUACUUUGGCUGGGAAGGAGUGCGGUAG